AAUGUUAAGCAUUACCUAACCUUUAAUUAACAGGCUUCGGAAAGAAGCAGGUUCCCUGAUUCCAGCUAGCCAGAAAAGCUAACUAACGUUUUCUUGUUUUCUCAGCUGAUAAACUUUUUGACAUAUCUAGAUAAGUUGACUUUUCUGACUAAGUGUUCUAUUGUAAGAGUUUUUGUUUUGUAGAAUGACAGGCCAAGAAUACGUUUUUCCUGUCUGCCUUGGCUAGCUAGCUUGUGAGCUAGCUAGCGUAAUACCUCCUACCGAUACGGGUUCAACGGGAAAUGGUCGACGUUCUCAUGUGCCCAUGGAGAAGGCGGCCUUUGAGGGGUGGCUGGAGUCAGUCUCCGCCUCUUUCCUCACGCUUAGUGACCAGCAGCGCAACCAGUCCCUGGACCAGCUCAUCUCGCUGAGUAAUGCUGUCCAGCUCCGGCACCUGUCCAAUGGGCUGGAGGCGCUGCUUAAGAGGGACUUCCUGCGCCUGUUGCCCCUGGAACUCACUUUCUACCUGUUGCGCUGCCUGGACCCGCAGACCCUGCUUACCUGCUGCCUGGUGUGCAAGCAGUGGAACAAGGUGAUCAGCGCGUGCACGGAGGUGUGGCAGGGCGUGUGUCGGGACCUGGGCUGGCGCAUCGACGACUCCAUCCAGGAUGCGUCCCACUGGAAGGGUGUCUACCUCAAGGCCAAGCUGCGCAUGAUGCAGCUGAAGAACCAGGAGGCGUUUGAGACGUCGUCGCUCAUUGGGCACAGUGCGCGCGUCUACGCCCUAUACUACAAGGACGGCCUUCUCUGCACAGGCUCUGAUGACCUUUCUGCCAAAUUGUGGGACGUCCGCACCGGGCAGUGCAUUUACGGCAUUCAGACGCACACCUGCGCCACGGUGAAGUUUGACGAGCAGAAGCUGGUGACGGGGUCCUUUGACAACACCAUCGCCUGCUGGGAGUGGAGCACGGGGGCCAAGAUCCAGCAGUUCCGUGGGCACACGGGUGCAGUGUUUAGCGUGGACUACAAUGAUGAUCUGGACACGCUGGUGAGCGGCUCGGCCGACUUCUCUGUGAAGGUGUGGGCCCUGUCAGCAGGCGCCUGCCUCAACACCUUGACGGGACACACCGAGUGGGUCACCAAGGUGAUUCUCCAGAAGAGUGAAGUAGAAUCCAUGGUACACUGUCCUGGUGACUACAUCCUGUUGAGUUCAGAUAAAUAUGAAAUAAAGGUUUGGCCUAUAGGCAGGGAAAUCAACUGCAAGUGCUUGAAGACCCUGUCCGUGUCAGAGGACCGCAGUGUGUGUCUGCAGCCUCGCCUGCAGUUUGACGGCCGCUACAUUGUCUGUAGCUCGGACCUGGGGGUCUACCAGUGGGACUUCGCCAGCUUCGAUAUCCUCAGGGUCAUCAAAACGCAGGACCCCGCCAACCUCUCCCUGCUCAGCUUCGGCGAGGUGUUCUCGCUCCUCUUCGACACUGACUUCCUGUAUGUCAUGGACCUGAGGACAGAAACUAUAACGGGCCGCUGGCCCCUGCCCGCCUACAGGAAGUCCAAACGAGGCUCCAGCUUCCUGCCGGGAGUCACCUCCUGGCUCAAUGGGCUGGAUGGGAGAAAUGACUCUGGCCUCGUGUUCGCCACCAGCAUGCCCGAUCAUAGCAUUCACUUGGUUCUGUGGAAGGAAAACGGAUAAAAAAAAUACCACUAGAGGUGAAACCUACAAUGGCUAGGUUGUCAAUUGCCAUGUAAACGGGGUGCUCCGACUUUUGAAACUCGCAGCCAAGUUAGAUAAUGCAUGGACCAAAGUGUUAAUGUUUUUCUACCUUUUCUUUCUCGACACAUGCUCUCAUAUACAAACAUCAUGCAACAUGCUUUCAGAAAGAGUAUCGGAGAUGGUUUCACCAACCGAAACGCUGCUAUGAAUACAAGGGGAUGAAAGGCCUGGUUCAGAGGGCAAAGGCAGCGGUUGGUUUUAGUUCCAGCCCUGCCAUGGGCUCUCUUGAAGGAAAGACUAGGACCGGGAGGGUGGCUGAAUGAAGACUGAACUCUCUAAAAACUGCGUGGUCAAGUCAGGCUCUACAGCUGUAGAUAUUUCCCCUGUAUUACUAUGUAUUGGGACCUUUAAUCUUCGGACAGGGUUCUUCAAGCAGCUAAGAGGCAGGGAGUUGCCUUAACACAGUACUACUUUACAAUGAAAUACAAUAUGACUGUGUCCUAGGUUUUUCAUAGACUGACCAACCAUCCCCAUGAGAGUUCCAUGUUGACAUUUUCAAAGUGGUUUGGUGCAUUGGAUUUGUACAAUGUGAAGCGUUUGUUGGAUAUUCAGUGUAGCUCCAUUGUUUAAUGCUUUUCUUAGGGGUGCUUGUUUUAAAGUCAACUUGAGAAAUGUUGUCAUGUGCCUUUAUAUUUGAUUUAAAUAUCCAUCUGUGUAAUAAGAAACAAACUAGAAUUCCAUUAUUACCCAGGCACAUUGCAAUAAGAUAAUGACUGCGUUGUAAUUUUAUUAUUUGAAUCUUUCAUACUCACCAUACUAUAACCAACCGCAUACAAUGUAUUUCUAAUACCACUAUUUACCCUACAUGAUUCACUUGAAUAUUUCUUGUGAAUUGCGGUAUUGAAGUUAAGACCAAGUUAUGUUCCAGGUUAUUUUUCUAAAGGCUUUGAGGUUGGAAGUUUGCACAAUGUAGUGAUUGAGAGGUGGACAAUUGGUUAUCUACUUGGAAGUCAAUGCAAGGCUUGACUGCUACAGUGCCUUCAGAAAGUAUU